AGCACCCCGCCAUUGAAUACAUUCGCCUAUCUUUACAACGAACAACUUCUUUUAACUUGUCCAAGUCUUUUGCGAAUUCGCGUCUUCACAAGCCCUUUUGUUGCUUAGCGACUCUUUUUUCACCUCUUCAAUUCUUUCAUCUCUUCUACUUCUCUUUGCCCAUCAUGGCUGCUCCUGCUUAUACCCCUCUUGAAGACCGUCCUUUGAAGGACACGAUUUGCCUUUUCGAUGUCGACGGCACAUUGACUCCCGCUCGUCUUGAUGCCUCUCCCGAAAUCCUCGACCUCCUCCAGGCCCUCCGCAAGAAGUGCUCCAUCGGCUUCGUCGGCGGCUCCGACCUCAUCAAGCAGGAGGAGCAGCUCGGCAAGCCCGCCGGCGUGCCCGUCACCACCCUCUUCGACUACUGCUUCGCCGAGAACGGCCUGACCGCGUACAAGCUGGGCGAGGCGCUGCCCUCCAACAGCUUCAUCAAGUGGAUCGGCGAGGACAAGUACAAGGAGCUGGCCAACUUUGUCCUGCACUACGUUGCCGACCUGGACAUCCCCGUCAAGCGAGGAACCUUCAUCGAGUUCCGCAACGGCAUGGUCAACAUCAGCCCCGUCGGCAGAAACGCCAGCACAAAGGAGCGAAACGACUUUGAGGCCUACGACAAGGAGGCCAAGGUCCGAGAGAAGUUUGUUGCUGUUCUCAAGGAGAAGUUUGGCCACCUGGGACUUACCUUCUCCAUCGGCGGCCAAAUCUCCUUCGACGUCUUCCCCACCGGCUGGGACAAGACCUACUGCCUGAGCCACCUUGAAAACGAGGCCAAGAAGCCCAACGGAAUCACCUACAACAAGAUCCAUUUCUUCGGAGACAAAACGUUCAAGGGCGGCAACGACUACGAGAUCUUCAGCGACGAGCGAACCAUUGGCCACACUGUCAAGGGCCCCGAGGAGACUAUUCAGAUCCUGAAAGAGCUUUUCGACCUCUAAAUUUGCUUAUCAGAGGAGGUGAAUCCCUGACGCGCAAAACAGAGGAGAAAAGAGAGCAGAUGGGGGGAAUAGCAACGCAAAUGAAUCACUGAGGACAGGUCCGCAGUGAUAGUUCCAUUCAAUCAAUCUAGAUAAUACCAAAGAUACUCCGAUUUGAUAAAUCUUAUACAUAUUUUUACAUCAAGUCUUCCAAAAGGUCAACACUCUCGACAUGAAAGUCAACGGGAGUGAAAUAGUCCAAUUCUUUCUUUUCAACAGGAGAUACGCUAAACAAAUCAAAUCUUUCCCUCUAUAUUUCCCAUCUCUUUCUUCUCACAACCCACUAAUAGGUAUUCUAAACCCUUUCAUCGUCCGUAUUCCAAGUGAGGAAUAAUCACAGGGCCAUAUUUAGUAGUGGCUGUAAAAGCACCAUCACCUUGCACAACAAAAUCAACCGCAAGGCUAAGCUUAGACAAGCCCUGCUGCUGAUUGUGAAGGCUUGGGUUGGGGCUGAAAGGCCCCUGGCUCUGGGCCAUGACAGCGUCGUGGUCAUAGGCAAUGACUGCCACGUAAUUCCUGCGGCCCAUGAGCUUCUUCAGCUCUCUGCCCGCUCCGCUAGCGUCUGAAUGGAAAAUCUCCAUCAUAUCUUCUUUGGUGUCGGACACUUCGUGUGUGGAUCUCUGACCAUUUUGUGGCACGUAGAGCGUCUUCUGGUUAUGGAGUAGUUUCAACACGUAUGUGCUCUGAGGGGCAGAUACAAUUGGCGACGUGAUAACCUGGUACAUUGUCUUGUGAUCUCCAGGGUGAGUUGGGUCAUGCACAAGACCAGCUCCUGCACAGUUGACAUCUCCAGAUAAGAAUGUCAUGCGAAUACCCUUCUGCUGUGAGAUGCCCUGAAGGGUACGGAUGAAAUAUGUCCUUUCAAGAUCCUUAGACUCAUGAGUCCACAUAUCUUUAAGCACUUCUUGGAUGUCUAGUUCGCCAAAUUGAUUGAGCACGUUGCCCAUCAGUCCAGACUUGCCGACAGCCUUCUUGACUUGACUGAAGCCCUGCGCAACCAUUUCUUUGCCGCCAACAACACCUGCCACAGAGCUUGUGACUUU